AUGCUUCCCUACGUGAUUGCCACCCUGGGCUCAGCAGGGGCCACCUGCAAAGCCUCCACAUGCAACAACAGUACCAAGGACUACUGCUACAGCGCCCGCAUCCGCAGCACUGUGCUGCAGGGGCUGCCCUUCGGCGGGGUCCCCACUGUCCUAGCCCUUGACUUUAUGUGCUUUCUCGCGCUGUUGUUUGUCUUUUCAAUUUUGCGUAAAGUUGCUUGGGACUACGGACGCCUGGCCCUGGUGACUGAUGCUGACAGGCGCCGACGCUGGCAGACGGAGCGAGAGGAGCGGGAAUACGUAGCCUCCGCCCUGCACUCCGACAACCAUGACCGCUACGAACGCCUCACCUCUGUCUCCAGCUCUGUGGACUUCGACCAGAGGGACAAUGGUUUCUGCUCCUGGCUGACAGCCAUCUUCAGGAUAAAGGAUGAUGAGAUCCGGGACAAGUGUGGGGGUGAUGCGGUGCACUACCUGUCCUUCCAGAGGCACAUCAUCGGGCUGCUGGUGGCCGUGGGUGUGCUCUCUGUGGGCAUCGUGUUACCUGUCAACUUCUCAGGAGACCUGCUAGAAAACAACGCCUACAGCUUUGGGAGGACAACCAUUGCUAACCUGAAUUCUGGGAAUAACCUGCUGUGGCUACACACAUCUUUUGCCUUCCUGUACCUGCUGCUGACGGUGUACAGCAUGCGCCGGCACACCUCCAAGAUGCGCUACAAAGAGGAUGACUUGGUUAAGCGGACUCUCUUCAUCAAUGGGAUCUCAAAAUAUGCUGAGCCAGAGAAGAUCAAGAAACACUUUGAGGAGGCCUACGCCAACUGCACCGUCCUGGAGGCUCGUCCCUGCUAUGACGUGGCCCGGCUGAUGUUCCUCGAUGCAGAGAGGAAGAAAGCUGAGCGUGGGCGAAUCUACUUCACCAACCUGCAGAGCAAGGAGAACACCCCAUCCAUGAUCAACCCCAAGCCCUGUGGCCACCUGUGCUGCUGUGUCAUCAGGGGCUGCGAGGAGGUGGAGGCCAUCGAGUACUAUACCAAGCUGGAGGAGAAGCUCAAAGAUGACUACAAACGAGAGAAGGAGAAGGUGAAUGAAAAGCCUCUAGGGAUGGCCUUUGUCACCUUUCACAACGAGACCAUCACAGCCAUAAUCCUCAAAGAUUUCAAUGCUUGUAAGUGCCAGGGCUGUGCGUGCCGUGGGGAGCCCAGGGCCUCCUCCUGCAGCGAGUCCCUCCACGUCUCCAACUGGACCGUCAGCUAUGCCCCUGACCCACAGAACAUCUACUGGGAACACCUCUCCAUCAGGGGCUUCAUCUGGUGGAUCCGCUGCCUCGUGAUCAAUGUGGUCCUCUUCAUCCUCCUCUUCUUCCUCACCACCCCUGCUAUCAUCAUCACCACUAUGGACAAGUUUAAUGUCACCAAGCCCGUGGAGUACCUCAACAACCCCAUCAUCACCCAGUUCUUCCCCACCCUGCUGCUGUGGUGCUUUUCUGCCCUGCUGCCCACCAUCGUGUAUUAUUCUGCCUUCUUUGAAGCCCACUGGACCAGGUCUGGAGAGAACAGGACCACCAUGCACAAGUGUUACACCUUCCUCAUCUUCAUGGUCUUGCUGCUGCCAUCGCUGGGUCUGAGCAGCCUGGAUGUGUUUUUCCGCUGGUUGUUCGACAAAAAAUUCCUCGCUGAAGCCGCUGUGCGAUUUGAGUGUGUGUUCCUGCCGGACAACGGGGCCUUCUUCGUCAACUAUGUCAUCGCCUCUGCCUUCAUCGGGAAUGCCAUGGACCUGCUGCGCAUCCCCGGCUUGCUCAUGUACAUGAUCCGCCUCUGCCUGGCCCGCUCGGCCGCCGAGCGGAGGAACGUCAAGCGACACCAGGCCUAUGAGUUCCAGUUUGGAGCCGCUUACGCCUGGAUGAUGUGCGUCUUCACUGUGGUCAUGACGUACAGCAUCACCUGCCCCAUCAUUGUCCCCUUCGGGCUCAUGUACAUGCUGCUUAAGCACCUGGUGGACCGCUACAACCUGUAUUACGCUUACCUGCCUGCCAAGCUGGACAAGAAGAUCCAUUCAGGGGCUGUGAACCAGGUGGUGGCAGCCCCCAUCCUCUGCCUCUUCUGGCUUCUCUUCUUCUCCACCAUGCGCACAGGGUUCCUGGCCCCCACUUCCAUGUUCACCUUCGUGGUCCUCGUGAUCACCAUUGUCAUCUGCCUGUGUCACGUCUGCUUCGGGCACUUCAAAUACCUCAGCGCUCACAACUACAAGAUUGACCACACGGAGGUGGACGCCAUAGAAAACAGGCAGAAUGGGAGACCUGCCACCAGUCUGCCGGCUCCCAAGUCAGCUAAGUACAUCGCCCAAGUGCUGCAGGACUCGCCGGAGGGCGAAGCGACGGAGUCAGAGGAGCAGGGAUCGCAGGACGAGGAGCUCAUCAACGCGGAUGGCAUGAAUGACACGGAUUUCCAGUCGUGUGAGGACAGCCUGAUAGAGAACGAGAUCCACCAGUAG